GAAAAUAAAAAGGAGAAAAAAGAAUGUUUUAAGGAGGAGGACCCUCUUCUCAUCCGAUCGGUCCCUUUCCAAGAUCGAAGCUUUUCUCAUCGAUGUUCUGGAGAUUUUCCUUUGGUUUGUUACUCUAAGGGUUGCUGGUCCUUGUUCCAAUAGAAAAAAUUAAACCGUAUGGAAAUUGUUGAUGAGAGAAUAUCAUGUUGCACUGCUUAGAGGGGUUCAAGCACUUUUUUGCUGUGCUAUUGAAGUGCUGUGAUAUUGAUUUGCAAAAGCAGGCUAAGGGCUUACAAGAUCCUGAGAUUUUAGCGAGAGAGACAGUGUUCAGUGUAAGCGAAAUAGAAGCACUUUAUGAGCUCUUUAAAAAGAUUAGCAGUGCUGUUAUUGAUGAUGGAUUGAUCAACAAGGAAGAGUUUCAACUAGCUCUUUUCAAAACCAUUAAAAAAGAGAGUUUGUUUGCUGAUCGGGUUUUCGACUUGUUUGAUACAAAACAUCAUGGGAUUCUAGGAUUCGAAGAAUUUGCUCGUGCUCUCUCUGUUUUUCAUCCUAAUGCUCCAAUCGAUGAUAAGAUUCAAUUUUCUUUUCAGUUGUAUGAUCUCAAGCAACAAGGUUUCAUAGAGAGACAGGAGGUUAAGCAAAUGGUUGUGGCUACUCUUUCUGAGUCGGGCAUGAAUCUCUCUGAUGAAGUUAUAGAAAGCAUAAUUGACAAGACAUUUGAAGAAGCUGAUACAAAACAUGAUGGCAAGAUUGACAAGGAGGAGUGGCACAAUCUAGUAUUGCGGCAUCCUUCACUAUUAAAGAACAUGACUCUUCAAUACCUCAAGGAUAUCACUACCACAUUCCCAAGCUUUGUGUUCCACUCACAAGUUGAUGACACAUAAUAAUGGAUGGCUAUGGGGAUUCAAGUGUGAUGGUAUUGUGUAACGUGUUUGGAUAAAAAAGUGCUUAUAAUGCAUUGGAUAUGGAAACAUAUGAGCUACGGAUUAUAUUCAUUUUCUGGAGAAAAUAUGUCUAUGUUCAGUAUUUGCAGGAUUCUAUUGUUGUGUUUUUUUGG